CGUGUGCGCACGCGCGGUGCCGGCCGUUCCCGUGGCCGUGGGCUCCAUGGCGGCGCUGGGCCCGGUGUGUGGGGGCGGCGGGCGCUGGGAGGUGGUGCGGAGGGGGAGGCGGCACCCGGGGCGGACACGGCAGCUCCCAACGGCUCCCGGGGCGAACAUCGCCACCACCGAGACACUGUUCGAGCUCGGGUUCGAGAGAGCAACGAAACGGGCGGGACGGGAGGCGGCCGAACCGCAACAACAGCAACAACAGCGGAGACAGCAACCGGGAAAGGGAGCACGGAAAGGAACCGGGGAUGGAGGGACCAAGAACGGGCGGUACCGGACACUGGAGGAGGCGCUAAAAGCCCUCAACGUGGCCGACCUGCAGAAGGAGCUGGAUAAGAGUCAGAGCAUGUUCCCAGAGAACCCCUCAGUGUGGGUGAAGGACCUGGCCGGCUGCCUCAACUACAAGCUGCAGGCGCCCAAGAGUGACCCGGUGCUCAGCCAGCACAGCCACGAUUAUCCUUACUGCCUGGUGAGCAAAGAGCUGAAGAGCACCAUCAGAUCCCUGCUGGGAAAGUCUUCUGGCGUGCUGGAGCUCUUCUUCGAUCACUGCAUUUAUACCAUGCUGCAGGAGCUGGACAAGACGCCCGGGGAGUCCCUACAUGGGUACAGGAUCUGCAUCCAGGCCGUGCUGCUGGAACGGCCUAAAAUUGCUACCACCAACCUGGGCAAGUACCUGGAGCUGCUGCGCUCACACCAGAACCGGCCGGCCAAGUGCCUGACCAUCCUAUGGGCUCUGGGGCAAGCUGGCUUCACCGACCUGACUGAGGGCUUGAGAGUGUGGCUCGGUGUGAUGCUCCCCGUGCUCGGCAUCAAGGCGCUCUCCCCAUACGCUGUCUCCUACCUGGACCGUCUGUUGACGGUGCACUCAAAUCUGACCAAAGGCUUUGGCAUGAUUGGACCCAAGGAUUUCUUUCCCCUCCUGGACUUCGCCUUCAUGCCCAACAAUUCACUGGCACCUAGCCUGCAGGAGCAGCUGCGGCGGCUGUACCCACGCCUGAAGGUGCUGGCGCUGGGCGCGAGGCCGGAGACAACGCUGCACACUUACUUCCCCUCCUUCCUGUCCCGAGCCACACCGAGCUGCCCAGAUGCCAUGAAGAAAGAGCUCCUCAUCUCUAUGAGCCAGUGCCUGAGCGUGGAUCCGCUGAGCUUCAGCGUCUGGAGGCAGCUCUACACCAAGCACCUCUCCCAGUCCAGCUUGCUCCUGAGCCAUCUGCUGGAGUCCUGGGACAGCAGCAGCAGGAAGACACGCCAGGCCCUGCAGGAGACCGUCCGCUCCUUCAAGGUGACCAACGAGGAGCUGGUUGCGAAGGGACCCGGCAGCCAGCAGGACGUGGCUGCAUGUGACGCUGCCUGCAAGCUGCUGCUGCAGAAGAUGAAGGGCCGGGGCUUCCCCUGGUCCCGGCUGCUGCUCGUCCUGCUGGCGUUUGCCGUUGGUUUCCUCAUACACGAUGUCCGGACACACGGUUCUCUGCAGGCCUCCUCCUGUGCCCACGCGCUCCGUUCCUCCGGCAUCCUGCCCGCUUGGCAGCACGCCUGGCACAAAGCAGCCCACUUCUCCCUGGAGGGCUACAGGUGGUUGGAAAGGACCGUGCCCGCCUGCUGCUCCCGUAUCACAGCUCUCCUGCAGCCCACGCUGCAGCCGCUCUGGGCGAAGGCGGCCGAGCUGGCCCUGCACAUCAGCAAGCAGUGCUCCACGUUCAUCGCAUGGGCUGGGGAGCGCCUGCCCUGGCUGCUGGAAUGGCUCCAGUCCCAGGUCCCCGACACUGUCCUGCACGUGGCUGAGUGCAUGCGGGAGCUGCUGCUCUUCCUGCUGCAGAGCUGCCUGCUGCCGCUGCUGGAGCACGUGGCUGCUGCCCUGCAGCGCGGAUGGAAGCACUGCGUGGACGCCUGCAAUGGAGAAGCGCUGUGGGACUGCGUGAGGGACAACCUGAGCAACUUCACCUAUUCCUCCUGGCUGUACCUGCAGAACACGACCCUCGCCCUUAAGAACUGGGCCCUGGCCAUGAUCUCUGGACAUUGAGCUGCUGGGGGGACGCAGUGCAGCCAUCCCCACCACUGCCACCAGCGGGUUGUGGCCCUGCUGUCCCCGCGGGGUCAUUACGGGUGUCCGGCUGUUCCGGGGUGUCCCGGUGUGGGGCAGCGCUGUCGGGGUGGCUCAAUGAACAAGCUGUGCACCUCCA